AUGGCGGAAACGCCGGCGUACCGCCAACUUGUCGACCAAAAGCGCUGCGUCGUGUUGUUUAAUGGGUUUUACGAAUGGCAAAAGCUCGGCAAGUCGGACAAGCAACCGUAUUUUAUUCACCUCGCCGGCAGUCCCAUCAUGCGCAUUGCAGGGCUGUUCGACGCUUGGCGCAAUGACGAAGGGAAUAUCACUUACACGUACUCGAUCAUUACGACGGAGUCCCCGCCCAAAAUGAAAUGGAUUCACACUCGGAUGCCGUUGAUCUUGCGAGAUGCCGACGAAGCCGACCGGUGGCUGGCCGACGAGGCCGCUGACAAGCGCUUCAAGCCUUUUUUGUCACUGGUGCGCCCAUAUCCUCACGAUGACCUGACGUAUUACCCCGUGACCAAGCAAGGUUCGUCCAUGCGAUCUAGUCACAUUUUUGUCGGAAUUUCUGUGCAUGCAGUUGGUCAAGCGACAUUUGAUUCCGACGCAUGCAUGGCAAAAGUGGAUGUUCGCGUAGCAGGCAAGAUCACGUCUUUCUACAAGCAAAUGGACGGCCCUUCGAUCAAGAAAGAAGACCAAGCGGAGUCCGUCGCGCCAGAUCCUUUCAUUCCCCUCAAGACGGAGCGCUCCGACUGUGCCGACGAUGCUGCGCUGUCGCAUCACGUCUCCUCAAGCCCGACUCGUGUAUCGUUUAAACGGCCAGCGGACGGCGCAUGUCCCUUGACAUGCAUGCCCCCUCCAGACAAGUGGAAUUGCGAUGCAUGCACGUUUGAAAACGCUGGCGACGCCAAGAUGUGUGCCAUGUGCGACAGCCGUCGAGAAUUGCCCUUGGCCGAAUGGACGUGCGCCACGUGCACUUUUGCGAACGCGUUUACGACGUCCUCGUGCUCUAUGUGUCAUGCAUCACGCGCGCCAAGACCGACACUUACGCCAAAAAAACCCAAGAUUGGCGAGUCGCCGCAGAAACCCAUCACGUCCUUCUUUUCCAAGCAAUGACGACGGCGACGGCCUCCGCGCCAUGCCGUCACUGCACCAUACGCUCAUGAACAUGGGCACGUUCCAACCCCGCCACCUCAUCCAUGUUGCGACCUACCGCGUGACCGAGUUAUUAAAGCUGCAACGAAGCAUACUUUAGACCGAA